GAGCAGACGUCAUCCAGGAGAAGACGGCUCCGCCCUCCUCAAGAUGGCGCUGCCCUCAAUGCGGAAGACGCGUGGGUGCUGGAGCUUCAUCCGGGCAUUUCAUAAAGGACACACGGUUGCUCCCGCUUCCCAGGAAGACAGCAUGAAGCGAGUCUUUUCUGGCAUUCAACCUACAGGAGUCCCCCACCUGGGUAAUUACCUGGGAGCCAUUGAGAGCUGGGUGAGGCUGCAGGAUGAAUAUGGCUCUGUGCUGUUCAGCAUCGUGGACCUCCACUCCAUCACUGUGCCCCAGGACCCCACCACCCUCCGGCAGAGCAUCCUGGACAUGACUGCUGCUCUUCUUGCCUGUGGCAUCAACCCAGAGAAAAGCAUCCUUUUCCAACAAUCUCAGGUGUCUGAACACACGCAAUUAAGUUGGAUCCUUUCCUGCAUGGUCCGAUUACCUCGAUUACAACAUUUACACCAGUGGAAGGCAAAGAGCUCCAAGCAGAAGCAUGAUGGAACGGUGGGCCUGCUCACGUACCCAGUACUCCAGGCAGCUGACAUUCUAUUGUACAAGUCUACACACGUUCCUGUCGGUGAGGAUCAAGUCCAGCACAUGGAACUAGUUCAAGAUCUAGCGCAAGGUUUCAAUAAGAAGUAUGGCGAGUUCUUCCCAGUGCCCAAGUCGAUUCUGACACCCAUGAAGAAAGUGAAAUCCCUCCGUGACCCUUCCGCCAAGAUGUCAAAAUCAGACCCGGACAAACUGGCCACUGUCAGAAUAACAGACAGCCCCGAGGAGAUAGUGCAGAAAUUCCGCAAAGCUGUGACGGACUUCACCUCCGAGGUCACCUACCACCCGGCCAGCCGAGGAGGCGUCUCCAAUAUGGUCGCCAUCCAUGCCGCAGUGACUGGGCUGUCGGUGGAGGAGGUGGUCUGCCGCAGUGCGGGCCUGGACACUGCUCGCUACAAGCUGGUGGUGGCAGAUGCUGUGAUUGAGAAAUUUGCUCCAAUUAAGAGUGAAAUUGAAAAACUGAAGAUGGACAAGGACCAUUUAGAGAAAGUUUUACAAGCUGGGUCUGCAAAAGCCAGAGAAUUAGCAUACCCUGUGUGCCAGGAGGUUAAGAAAUUGGUGGGGUUUCUAUAGGAAGUUUCAGCUCAUCACAAAAGGCUUUUGUGUCUUACAGUCUGUGCAUUUGGAUAAAGGCGGCUUUCUUCAGAAGUAAAAUAUUAUAGUUUCAGAACAUUUAAUUUGGUAUAGCUGGGCGGGGCCUGUGGCUCAAAAGG